AUGCUACAAGCAUUGAGGAAAGAUUUUGUGACUCUUCAAAUGAAACAAGGAGAGUCCGUCAAUGACUAUAUUUCAAAAGCAAAGGCAAUUGCAAAUAAGAUGAGUAUCCAUGGUGAGAAGAUGGAAGACGUGACCAUCGUAGAAAAGGUCCUGCGAUGUAUGACUACAAAGUUUGAUUACGAUGUGUGCUCCAUUGACAAGUCAAAUGAUGUUGAGCAGCUUUCAAUUGAUGAGCUGCAGAGUUCCUUGCUUGUCCAUGAGCAGAAGAUCAAUCGGAGUACAUUUGAGGAACAUGCAUUGAAAGUUUCAACAAAUAAUGAUUCUCCGAUAGCAAAAGGUCAUGGUGGUCGUGGUCAAGGACAUGGUAGCGGCAGUGGCCAUGGAAGAGGUUGA